AUGCAGGAUCUAUAUUUUUUUAGUGCCGCAAUAUCGGCGAUUGUUAUUUUACUUGUCGCAUUUAUUGUGAUUGUGUUUAAUAGCAUUCUGUGGGUGUUCAUCGCGAUCAGCAUUUAUGUGAUUGCCAGUUUUUACGCUGUUCAAUUAGUAGAAUGUGUUAACAGUUUACUAACGAGGUUCAAUAUUAUAAAUGAACAACGUGUUUACGGUUUGCUGACGAGAUUCAAUAUUAUAAAUGAUAAGUUUAUUAAAAGAUAUGAAAUUAAGGAUUCAUGCAGCGUCUGUAGAAAGAAUACUUGCAAAAGGCAUAAACUGUUGCCACAUUCAACCAAGAUUAAAGUACCAAAAGACUUUGAUCAUGCAUUGGAGCAGCUCCUGGAAGAGGUACUCCAAAUGUACAUCUGUACAUGGUACUCGGAUAUUUCAGCUAAUGAAGCUUUUAUACAACAACUACGUUUAGCUAUAACAACAGUAGCAAAGAAUAUUACCAUUCGAUUAUUACGUGCAGAUACAGCAACCCUUGCCUUUGAUGGCCUGAUUCCCUUGGCCAUACAACAUGCUCAAGAUUGGAAAGCAUUGCUCAAAAUAUCUUCAUCUGAAAUCGAAAUGUCUCAAGAUUACAUCGGGAGUUGUUUAAGCUCUAAAAUUCAUCCAGCUUCUUACUCAAGAGAAGCUGAGUUAAAUUAUUUACGGGGUUUGGUCACUGCACUGUUGCCACAUUUAUUACCUGCCAUACAUGUCUCAACAAAUAAUAAAGUGAUACUUCGAGAAAUUUUGUCAAAUUGGGUGCUAUUGCCAGCGAUUGAUGCACUGGCGGAUCCAGAAAAUAUAAAUAUGCUGGUGACAUUAUCCACUCACCGUGAGACUACUCUAUCUAACGCUGCAGAGACUAUUACUGUACCAAUACUGCAAUCUUGGGUGACACUUCCAGCAAUGCAUUCACAUAUCACACACAGUUGCUUCAAACCAUCUUUAAAUGAAAUUCUAAGCAAUCCUGAACUGUUAUACAUGUUUAUGCAACACAUUAAAGAAUCAGGACCCAUGAAUCUUCUUCAAUUUUAUUUAGAUAUUGAAGAUCUCAGUAAACGUAUGUUAAAUCCAGAUAUGACGUCCGUUGCCGAAGAAAAUUUAUACGUAGAUGUUCGAAAUAUGUACAAGAUAUAUCUUGAUCCUGACGGUUCAGAAUAUUUAUAUUUACCAUUGCAUAUAUCAAAAGGCAUACGACAAGUAUUAGAAGGUGGGCCGAAAAAAAUUCAAGAAUUACGAACAUCACGAUCUUUUUAUCAAGCUCAUCAAGAAGCACACACACUCUUAGAAAGUACCUGUUUGCCAUCAUUCCAUCAUAGUUAUCAAUUAUAUAAGCUCUUGUGCGGUCACUUGUCUGAACAAAUAAAAGCUACUACAGCAGCUAAUGCGAGUGGAGGUACAUCGACUCCUCCUAUGCGAUUCAAUAAUCAAGUGGGCAAGAUCGAUGGCGUUUUACGUUCGACUGCAAUUGAUGGUACUCCGUUUCAACUACAAGAUGUCUAUCCAGUUGAAGAAGUAGAUUGCACAGCUCGAGCAUAUAAUGAAAUCAAAGGCUUCGGCGAUAAGAGUCAUCGCGAUUUAACAACAUGGCGAGUUGCCGUUCCUCACGUAGACGGCGGUGGCUCGCAACCAGUAUACAUGAUUGCCAUUCAUAGUGUGGCGGAGGCUAAAUCGUGGACAGUCUUGCGGCAAGAUCAAGAUUUCUAUACGUUGCGAACACGACUUACCGAGUUCCACGGUGACAAGGAGUUGAAUGACUCACCAUUACCAGCGCGCAAAAACCCGCACUUGCCUCUCGCAGCUAAUCGUCAACGUUACGAAGAGUUUCUGCAGAAGUUGCUAUCCAAACCGAUGUUAAGAAGCAGCGAGCUCCUUUACACCUUUCUUACAACGCCGAACUUGAAACCGUACUUCGCGAACUACAGCACGCCCGACAUUGGCAUCCUUUAUCAGAGCAUGACUUAUAAAUUGCGGAAGGAGAAGGGACAGCAUCUCGAUAAAUUCAUGAGUACUUUUUUAGCGUCUACAAACACGAAAUACGAGCACAUGGAUAUGGGUAUCGAGCCAUCGAGCGAGCAUCUCGGUGAAACAGAAAGCAAAGGCAGAAAGCUGAUAGAUGAUGUAUUUGGCAAUAAUCUAAAUCUACCAGUUACUUUCCAAAAUUUGCCGUGCAGUCUACCACAACGUGAUCACAUGAAAGGCGCAAGUUUAUGCAUUAUAGAAGCUCUUGAUAGUCUACUAAGUUUACCUUCGAUUAUUUCACGACUCUUCUGGAUGCUGGCCUUCUUAUUGCGUAAAAGAAUAGACCCUUAUGUGAAUGCAAUGUUCUACAGCACUCUAGUUAAGCUUCUAAGUGGUGGCCGUGCUUCCAUCGUUGUUAAGCUUCUACAUGCGAAAAUUGUGGGCAAGAAUUAUAUAAGAGACUUUCCCUCGCAAGGAAAAUAUCGAAAUUACUACGAAACAGCAAAAGAGGGAUUGCAUUCCUUGUGGUGGUUAAUGAUAUUUCCCAAGCCAUGGAACAAUCUGAUGAAUUCUCUCUUAGAUCCUUUACAAAACGCACCAUUCAAUAAACAUUUAGCAUAUCUUUUAUUAGAUCACCUCCUAGUGAAUCUUUUUCCAGAAGUGAUUGCGUAA